AUGGACAUGAUAAUUUCUGCAUUGCUUGGUGAGGCGAUCACUAGAUCCAUAAGUUUCGUCGUCAGCAAAAGCUCCAAGCAGAAGGUGCCGGAUGUUGAGGACAGCCUCAAAAGGUUUCUCCUUCGGGCACAGGUCAUCAUUGACGAGGCCACUGGACGGGAAAUCACAAACCAAGCUAUGUUGCAGCAGCUGGGCAUGCUGGGAGAUGCCAUGCACCAAGGCAAUUACAUACUCGACACUUAUAGAUACCAAUCUCAUGAUUUGGAGGAUGGCAAGGAUUCUGUUGUGAGUCAUUCUUUGUCUCUGUGCAAAAUAAAUUUUCUUAGAGGAGUAUCUUCUUCCAAUAGAAAGACGGAGAUUUUGGAACAAUUGCAAUAUGCUCUUGACAAUUUGAACUCUAUGGUAAUUGAUGUGAAAGAGCUGGUUGGGUUCUUGACGAGCUACCCUCGGAUGUACCGCCAGCCUUAUAGCAUGCAUCUGCUGCUGAGCAACUGCAUGUUUGGCCGCCAGAUGGAAGCACAUCUUGUUAUUAGCUUCCUGUUGAAUACACAACCUCGUGGUUUUGAAGAAUUAGAGGUCCUGCCAAUUGUUGGUCCAUACGAAGUUGGCAAGAGCACCCUUGUCUCUCAUGUUUGCAAGGAUGAAAGAGUUCGUGAUCAUUUCUCAGAAAUUCUUUUAUUGAGUGGCCAUGAUUUUACAAAUUAUGACCUCGCUACACACAGCAGAGGAUGUGAGGUGGAACAUCAAAAUCAUUUGUUGAACUCAAACAAAGAUAGGAGGUUGCUUUUUGUUGUUGAAUUAGCUGGUGAUCUUAACGAAGAUGCAUGGAAUAAAUGGUGCUCUUCCUAUAAACAACACGUGCCAAAGGGUAGUAAAAUCAUAGUCACAAGCCGGUCAGACAAAAUCAUCAAGUUUGGAACAGCACCACCUCUACAUCUGAAGUAUCUAUCGCGUGAAGCAUACUGGUAUUUCUUUAAGACGCUUACAUUUGGAAGCAUGAACGCUGAGAUGCAUCCAAGGUUUGCACACGUCUCCAUGGAGAUAGCUAGGAUGCUUAGUGUAUGCUUCAUUCGUGCAAACUUCAUGGCUUCUUUGUUGAGGAACAACUUUGACAUUCACUUUUGGUGCAAGGUUUUAACCUUCUUAAGAUGGGUCAUCCAGAAGAAUGUCUCCAAAUACGGUGGGCAUCCAUUUGAUCUUAUAAACCAGAAAAGGCCUGUACAUCUUUGGAGAAUGGCCGCACCGUCUGAUGAGCUUGUACUCCAUUCUCGGUUUCAACGCUCUUCGUCGGAGGAGGUUCCAAAGAUCAGCAUCCAAGACGUGUUUUAUGGAAAUGUGAAGCCUCAUGGGAAAUUUGAGUUCCUAUCAUGGAAGUCUCGGAUUCCACCUUACUAUAGCUAUGUUACCUCUUGUGAGAUUCGACAGCAAAAAACUGCAGCUACCAAGAGGAAACGUUCUACUAAAUAA